UUCGGAAAAGAGGCGAAAUUAAAAGAGUGGCCUGUUUAUACUUCAUUUCACGUCUAAAUGUAAGAAUGUGUCGACGAAGAAACUAAGGCUGGUUGAACCAACUCAGGCAUCGAAAUGAAUAGCACAGUAAUAAACGACGAUUGGGUAGCCAUCAAAGAGUUUUCUCUUCUGUCGGGGAAACAAUUAGAUUUUGUUGACGGAAGCGGCAAGACGGCAAGAAGUGGAAUCGAAGAAAUUCAAGAGCAGCAACGCAGUGGUACAGAAAACCGAAAUAAGGCCUCACCUGACGACUGCGAAUGGGAAUUCGACGUGAACUGGCUUGAUGAUCUCAAUGUCAUUCAAUUAAGUGGCUCGCACAAGCCAAGAGAUGCCAGCAAUAGUGAGGAAAUUGAACCAAAGUCAAGUGAUGAUGUUUUUACAACGUCAGGUCCAUCGACCUGCAUUGCUGAGUUUACCGUGGACAGGUUCAUUAGCAUACACGAGCAAAUCUGCUUAAUGUGCAGUUCAUUGAACGACUCGCUGCCAAAUCUGCCAUUGGUUCCUAGAGGUAUAUGGAGUUUUGUCUCUUCGGUCCAUGUUCCUGAAAAUUUCAAAGCAGAUAUGCUGAUAUAUCUUCAAAAUGCUAGAAAGGAGCUUGGUGAUAAAAUAUUUCUGGAAAACUUCUUUGAGCAGGAGACAGUGACAGAGGAAGAGUACUUGGAGAAUCUCGGAGAUUUGAAUAGAAAAUCAUUUGCAGAUAAUGUUAAAGAUGCAAAACUAUUCUUAGAUGAAGUUCUUUCAUUGAGAGAUGGCUCAAUCAAUAUCCAUGACAUGGUUAGUCUAUACUCAAUAGAAGAUGAAGCUAUGGAAAAGCUAGAAGUGGCCAAAGCUGUACUUUACAAUUUUGACCGACAACCAUUUCUUGAUCUAAGAGAAGUUGCUCAUCAACAGUUGAAGCUUACAAAUGAAGAACUCCUUAAUAAGAACAUGGCAGAUGAUUUAAGAUUGAAACUUAUUGAUGAUUCAGAAGAGAUGAGAAAACAGUUGACAAUGAAUGAAGAGAAUUUGCUUGAUCUUCAACUGCAGUUUUUUGAGUCGUCAUUAAACUAUUUAAUGGAGUGUAGAGACCGGAUGAUUGAUGAUGAAAUGAGAUUUGGGAAGGAGGAUUUCCAAAACACUUCAGCUAAAGAAAGGUUGCAAAAAAUAUCCAAAGAAGUGGCCAGUCUAUCAGCUCAACUUCUUCGCUCACAGAGAAUAAAACUGUUAAGAGAUAGGGCCAAACUUCGAUAUGAGCUCAUAAAUUUGGAGGAUAACGAGAAUCUGGAAUCAGAAUUAGGGAAGUUAGAGAAAACUUUCUUCAAAAAACAGACGGAAAUCUACCAAGUUGAUUUGAAGAUUGUGGAAGAAGAAGAAAAGCUACUUCGUUUGUUUUUAAAAGAAUUUUUUUCAGAAGAAGAUGCUGAAGAAAUGGAUGUUUUCUUUGAAACAUUUGAAGAACAACCUGAAAAUGUUGAUGAAGAAGAGUUUGUUACAAAAUUGGAAAUUGGAAAUAAUAAAGAAAAAAGUGAAGAGCAAAAGAAAAAAGAAGAUCUGACCAAAAAGUUGAGCAAACUAUUUCGCAAAAGAGCCUGGCUACGAAACAAAAAGCGGAAGUGCGAAGGCGACAUGAACAGAAAGCUCAGCGCGAAGCAACAAGCUGAAGAAAAUUUCAAAUGGCAUCAUUCGAUCCAAAUAAAGAGAGAUAAACAUAAAGAGGAGUUAGAGAAGAAGAAGGAUUUCAUCCAAGAAAUGAGAAAGAAGACGAUCGAACGCUUAAAAGGUUAUAAACAGAGGUAUCCUGAACCUAUCGUGAAGCGACCGCCGCGGUAUCUUCCGCCUGUGCGGCGGACAAGAAGUGGAAGGGCUUCGCCAGCUCAAGCCUCAACUGAAAAACAAAAAGUAGUCGCUUCAAAAGUUCUCGCCAAAUACGAAGCAGCAAAACUAGCCAAUAAAAAGGAUACCGUGAAGAAAGAAGGCAAGGAGAAAGUUAAUUCCGGCGACCAAGCAGAUGAAACUGACUCGUCAUCGGCAGUACAAUUUAUACCGCCACCCCCACCUCCACCAGUCCCGCCACCACCCAUUUUGGCCCCGCCACCACCGCCGCCACCACCGCCGCUACCAACACCGCCACCAACACCGCCACCAACACCAUCGCUCAGUAAGGCACAGGUCACUUCAGUUGAAAAGAAAGUGACAAAAAAGAUCACAAAAUCGGAAGUAAAGAAUUCAGACGGGCGACAAUCCAGCAAAAAAAGUGAAAACUUAGAUCUAAGCCAGAUCAUUCUUGCAAGGCAAAAUCUUCGUAAAAAUGUUGAAAAUGUUUCGGAAGAUACGAAAAGUAAAAAUAUAAAUGAGGAUAUAAUGUCAAUGAUACGAACCGGUGUGAAGCUGAAGAAGGUUGACAAAAAAGAACUGGCUAAGGAAAACGGUUUAUCCGACAUUGCAGCAAGCAUGCUUAGGAAUACACUUGCGAAGAUGAAUAAGCACAUGGCAGAUUCCUCUGAUGAGGAGGACGCAGGCAGUGCAAAUGAUGAUGACUUUUAGUUCUGCAUUUUAUUACUUCGUGUAAUGUUUCUCACCAGCCAGUGAUCCUUGCCAACCCUUGCCAACCCUUGCCAACCCUUGCCAAAGCCUCUUGAAAAAACGCAAUAUACUUCGUGUAAUGUUUCUCACCAGCCAGUGAUCCUUGCCAACCCUUGCCAACCCUUGCCAACCCUUGCCAAUCCUUGCCAACCCCUUGCCAACCCUUGCCAAUGCCUCUUGAAAAAACGCAAUAUACUUCGUGUAAUGUUUCUCACCAGCCAGUGAUCCUUGCCAUCCCUUGCCAACCCUUGCCAACCCUUGCCAACCCUUGCCAACCCUUGCCAAAGCCUCUUGAAAAAACGCAAUAUACUUCGUGUAAUGUUUCUCACCAGCCAGUGAUCCUUGCUAACCCUUGCCAACCCUUGCCAAUCCUUGCCAACCCUUGCCAAUCCUUGCCAACCCUUGCCAACCCUUGCCAAUGCCUCUUGAAAAAACGCAAUAUACUUCGUGUAAUGUUUCUCACCAGCCAGUGAUCCUUGCCAACCCUUGUAAAUCCUUGCCAACCCUUGCCAACCCUUGCCAAUCCUUGCCAACCCUUGCCAAUGCCUCUUGAAAAAACGCAAUAUACUUCGUGUAAUGUUUCUCACCAGCCAGUGAUCCUUGCCAACCCUUGCCAAUCCUUGCCAACCCUUGCCAAUCCUUGCCAACCCUUGCCAAUCCUUGCCAACCCUUGCCAACCCUUGCCAACCCUUGCCAACCCUUGCCAAAGCCUCUUGAAAAAACGCAAUAUAUCUUCGUGUAAUGUUUCUCACCAGCCAGUGACCCUUGCUAACCCUUGCCAACCCUUGCCAAUCCUUGCCAACCCUUGCCAAUCCUUGCCAACCCUUGCCAACUCUUGCCAAAGCCUCGUGAAAAAACGCAAUAUAACACUGCAUACCCCCCUUGCCCCAAAACAAUUUUGCUUUGAAAUUUUUUUAUGCGUCUUUGAAUGAGGCACAACUUGGCACAUCUUCACAAAGCAGCAUAAAACAUAAAAAUAGCCAACAUGGUUUUUUGGGAAGUACGGCUGCGUGCAAUGCUUAGGGAAGUUUUUCAAGCGUUUUGGCAAGGAUUUUAGUUGUAUUAUGUACGAAUUUUGCAAAUAGCAUAUAUUUUCAUAUGAUUGAUUUGUCUUGUGAAGAUUUUUUCAAGCGUGUGUCUGUUUGUGUUGUUCCUCUUUUCAUUUGUUUUUUAAGUCAUUCUUUAAUUUUUAUGUUGACAAAGUGAAGUACCCUCAGUAUCACCUAUUCCGAUUUUCAUUUAUAUAGUAACGAAUAUGCUGUUGCUGAAAAAUAUCAUUUUUGUUUGAGUUUAGUUGAUCUUUAGUGUGUUGAUCGUGAAAACAUUUCAAACCAACAUCAUCAUGCAAGGAUACAAAUUAAAAAUAUCAUAGCGAUAUAUUUUCCUGUAUACACUGCAACUC